GAUCUUACCAGCGUCCUCGAGCUUUGCGACUAGACGAUGGCGCCGCCGACGAACUGGUCACUCCCUUUUCUUGAGCCUUCAUUCUCUCCUUCUCUCGACCGACAAUACUCCUUGAUUAUUCUCAACCAGCCAUUUUCCGUGCCUUUGCUUAGCCGACUUUGGAAAGCAUCCACUUGGCGGUGCUGUGCAGAUGGCGGCGCGAACCGCCUGCAUGAUGUUCUUAAAAACCAAGCGUCUGUGUCAGAGCGCCUAGGCUGGGAUGCACGAAGCUUAUAUCUCCCUGACUUGAUCAAGGGUGAUCUCGACUCCUUGCGAGAUGAUGUGCGGGAGUACUACGCAUCUCAUAAUGUCCCGAUCGUGCAAGACGACGACCAGGAUUCAACCGACCUGAUGAAAUGUAUUUAUGCUUGCGCAGAGAAGCAUAAAGGAAGCGUUCAUGAGAAAUCCGACCUGAUCGUUCUAGGCGGCCUUUCAGGAAGGCUAGACCAGACAAUCCACACCCUCUCGCUUCUAUACAAGCUACGGAAUAGUCCGAUGCGUAUUUUCGCGGUAACCGAUGAUAACGUGGCCUGGGUGUUGAACGGCGAGGGUGCGGAUACAUCUGGAGAGCACCGUAUAGCAAUCAAUCACCAGCUCGUCGGUCCAACCUGUGGUUUGCUACCCGUCGGAGUCGACUCGACGGUUCUUUCCACCACAGGCCUCCGCUGGAAUCUCACGGACCGCGUAUCGUCAUUCGACGGCCUCGUGUCGACAUCAAAUCACCUUGUUCCAGAGGAGAGCACCGUCUGGAUCAAGACGACUCGGCCGAUCUGGUGGACUGUCGAGCUUCGGCAGUCAGGGCUGCAAUAGCCUCAUUGGGAUUUCUUAAUGUAUUUGUAUUUUAUAGAUGCUGUGACAUGACUGUCUUCGCGGUCAAAGAGGGAUCGCACUUGGAAAUCGGGGUGAAGGAUUCAAUCAUGGGGUGGUCACAUUUAAAUGAAUUACGCAGUAGCUGUCAUCAGCUAGCGAUGCAAUGUAGCAGGCUUCUAGCAGAGGG